CCAACGACAAAAACAAACCCAACCCAUCCAUCGACAACCUAACGCCACUGCCUCUCCAUCUUGACCAUUCUUUUCCUUCCCUCAGCAUUUUAUCUCCUCAUCCACCCGCUCCCCCCGCCCUCCAUUUCACACCUCUUGCUUUUCACUCUCCUUUCUCCGCCACUUCCCACUCAGUCACUCUCAUCACCAGCACCUGCCGGAGCCUCCCGCCGGCACAAAAGCCAUGGCGUGCUCAGCUACCUCCGCCGCUCUCAUCUCCUCCUCCAUCCCUGCCACCAAAUCAAUGGCUUCUCCCUUAUCUAAAACCCUAGCACCUCUUCCCAACUCCUUUUUCGGCCUCCGCAAGCCCCUCUUCCAAUCUUCCGCCUUCGCCAAUGCUCGCUCCUCCGCUAACCUCGCCCGCAGGAAGAGCUUCGUCGUCAAAGCCACUAGUGAGCUUCCUCUGGUUGGAAAUGUAGCUCCUGACUUUGAGGCCGAAGCUGUUUUUGACCAGGAAUUCAUCAAGGUUAAGCUCUCCGAAUACAUUGGAAAGAAGUAUGUUAUCCUUUUCUUCUAUCCAUUGGACUUCACCUUUGUCUGCCCCACAGAGAUCACUGCUUUCAGCGACCGACAUGCGGAAUUUGAGAAAAUCAACACUGAAAUUUUGGGUGUCUCAGUUGAUAGUGUGUUCUCGCAUCUUGCUUGGGUCCAAACUGAUAGAAAAUCAGGCGGCCUUGGCGAUCUGAACUACCCUUUGGUAUCUGAUGUCACUAAAUCAAUCUCCAAAUCAUUCGGAGUCCUUAUCCCUGACCAGGGAAUUGCUUUGAGAGGACUUUUCAUCAUUGACAAGGAGGGAGUCAUUCAGCAUUCGACUAUCAACAAUCUAGCUAUUGGGCGGAGUGUUGACGAGACACUAAGAACACUUCAGGCGUUGCAGUAUGUGCAGGAGAAUCCAGACGAGGUGUGUCCUGCUGGGUGGAAGCCUGGGGACAAGUCGAUGAAGCCUGACCCAAAAGGGAGCAAAGAGUACUUUUCGGCAAUAUAGAGCUGGGGGGAGUAUAAGCCCAGUGUUUGAUUAGAGCAUUGUUCAUUGGGAAGCUGGUGUAAUUGAGGUUUUUGUUUUCUUUUUCACUCUCUAUAAUCUGUACUUUUUAGCGGCGAGACCUCUAGGAGUGCCCUUUUCGCUUCAAUAAUCGCAUUGGACGAGUGCAAAUUUGAAACAUUUUCCUGUGUAACUAAUGGAAAAAAGAAGAGUACUGGUUUUUUCGGUUCAUAAUUAUGGGUUUAAUUAAGUUUUCUUUUUGGGUUCAUACUGUACUCUAUCAACAUUGUAUGUACCUAUCCGUUUGCGAAAGCAGGUUCCUGGUUCCAUCGCUAACAGUAUCCAGACAAAUAAGCAAUAGUCCCUCUGAUGGGAGUCUCGGAUCAUCAUCAAGCCAAGCCCUGUUCCGGCGCCAUCAGAACAUGCUGCGUCAGAGUUUCAAGUUCAUAACUCCUCAUAUUAUUCUAGUACAGCGGUAAAGAUGGCUUCUUCAUAUUAAGUGUGGCUGCCUUCAUGAUCAACUCAACUUCUAUUGUUCUGGACUGGAACGGGAUUUCCCCCCAAAUAUACUUAAAAAAAAAAAAAAGUCUCAAAAUACAAUAGUUUUUAUGGAAUUUUUUCAAUCUGCACAUGUUCUGCAUUGAAGGUGAAAAAGCGAUCAACGAACAUAUUGCAUAAAGAAUAGCGAUCCGUUGACAUUGCUACGGAGGGAAGCGAAUGGUCAUGGUACUCGACCCGAUCACUGAAGUGGAACCCACAUUUAGACACAGAUGACAGAUCCCUGAUGCAUAAAGCGAUGAACCCUUGAUCACCUUUUAAGGAAGCGAUGGUGAAUUUGAUGGGCUCGAUUGUUAGAGAGCCCAGAGGCAGGCGAAGGAGCGGAAUGGCGGGCGGCGGCGGCGGCUGCUGUGAGGUGGGAGGGAUGGGUCGAUGGAGGUUUGGGACUCGGUCAGGGUUUCAACAGGCAAACGAACUCCUGGGCUUGGGGUUCAUGACUUUAUGUCGACUAUUCGGCAUAUUUCGGGUUUUCGGUUUGGUUGAGAUAAUCCUAGUUUUUUCAGAUUUUCUUUUCGAAUUCAGAAUCGAAUAAUAAUAGUUCGAUUUUGAUUAUAUUUAGUUCGGUUUGAAUUUAUCAUACCGGAUGCCCACCCUUACCUCCAGCUUUGCGGAGGUAAAAAUAACCAUAAAUAUGGAUAUUUACC